GUGGGAGAUGGGGAGCCUGAGCUGGGUGCUGCCGACAGCUGGAUUGGCGUGGUGCCUGUGGGCGAGGAGCCAGCCGAGGUCUCGCGGGGAGCCAAGGAGGAGUCCUUCACCGCCGCCGUUGUCAGCAAGAUGAAGCGAGCCCUGGUGCUGGGGGCAUCAGCCCUGCUCAUCCUGGCGCUGAACCAGAACGCCAUCCGGGAGCUGGACGUUUCCCAGCUUCUUGCCAAGCCCGUGAUCGUGAUCCAGUCCUCGGACAAUGUCACCAAGCUGCUGGGAGCGCUGCUGCGGGGCCUCCGGGCUACAGCGAAAAUCACGUACCAGGCGGUGCUGCUGGAGAACCUGGGAGUGACCCUCACCCUGUGGUCAACCUGCGGCCUCUCCCGAGGAGGCCUCUAUGGGGAGUGGCAGGGGGUGAUCUGCACGGGGGAGAACAGCUCGCAGGUCCAGGUAUGGGUGCCUGGCACAGGGACAGUGGCCAUGGUGGGGCUGGGAGCAGAGGGGGGGUCUCCGGUUCACCCACCUGCUCCGGUCCCUGACCACCCAGCGGCACUGUUCCUGCAGAAGUACCUCCAGCAGCUGUGGAACACCAUCCUGCUGAUCGCCCUGCUCCUCUGCACCGGGGUGAUCGUGCAGGCCCAGCGGCAGUCACGGCAAGACCUGUCGGAGCAGGAUGCCGAGGGGAACGUCUCCGCUCUGCUCCUCACCUGGGAGACCCGCGGCUGGGCUCUCCAGAGCCGGGUCUGCGAGAUCGAUAGCUGUGCUGUCUGCUUGGACCAGUUCCACAAGAGCCAGCAGACCUGCCCUCUCUGCAAGCGCAACAUCCUGGGUGAGAACCGCACCGGCACCCUGCUGUGCCCCCAGCACUGA